CCCUCCCCCAGCGCGCUCCAGCCCCCCGAGCUCCGGGGAGCUCUGCGACAGCCUUCCAGGAUUAUGGAGUUUCUGAGCGAGAAGUUUGCCCUCAAGAGCCCACCGAGUAAAAACAGUGAUUUUUACAUGGGCGCAGGAGGCGCGUUGGAGCACGUUAUGGAGACGCUGGACAAUGAGUCCUUUUAUAGCAAAGCGUCGGCGGGCAAAUGCGUGCAGGCCUUCGGGCCCCUGCCCCGCGCCGAGCAUCACGUGCGCCUCGACAGGACCUCGCCCAGUCUGGACAGCAGCGUGGACUAUGGGAUCACUAAAGCAGAAGGACAGCCUCUUCACACUGAACUAAACAGAGCUAUGGACAGCUGUACCAGUCUCCGGUUGUCUCCCGUGAAAGGGAUUCCAGAGAAGGGGGAACUGGACGAACUUGGGGACAAAUGUGACAGCAACGUGUCCAGCAGCAAGAAGCGGAGACACCGAACCACCUUUACCAGCCUGCAGCUGGAGGAGCUGGAAAAGGUCUUCCAGAAGACCCAUUACCCGGACGUGUAUGUCAGAGAGCAGCUUGCUCUGAGGACAGAGCUGACUGAGGCCAGGGUCCAGGUUUGGUUUCAAAAUCGAAGGGCCAAGUGGAGAAAAAGAGAACGUUACGGCCAGAUCCAACAAGCUAAGAGCCAUUUUGCUGCCAGCUAUGACAUAUCAGUUUUGCCAAGAACUGACAGCUAUCCACAGAUUCAGAACAAUUUGUGGCCAGGAAAUGCAAGUGGCGGUUCUGUGGUUACUUCAUGCAUGUUACCACGUGACACCUCCUCGUGUAUGACACCUUACUCGCACUCGCCUCGGACAGAUUCCAGUUACACAGGGUUUUCAAACCACCAGAACCAGUUCAGCCACGUGCCCCUCAACAAUUUUUUCACUGACUCUCUUCUUACCGGGGCUACCAAUGGACAUGCAUUUGAAACAAAGCCAGAGUUUGAAAGGAGGUCCUCCAGUAUCGCAGUUCUUCGAAUGAAGGCCAAGGAGCACACCGCCAAUAUUUCAUGGGCCAUGUAACAUACAGUACUCUUUUCUUUUUCUCUUAAUGGCAAAGUAAAACAUUCUUAUUUCUCCUAUUUAAUGGAUACCACAAUAAGCUGCUGUGUGUGGAAUUGCUAAAGGUCAAGAUAUACAGUGAGACCAGCUUAAAUGAAUAGUUGUUAUUAUUUAACAUUAAAAUCUAAGAAUGAACCUCUGAAAAGACUAAAUAGGUUUACCAUGCACCCAUCUCCACAAACUCUGUUUUAGUAGUAAGAUUUUUCUUUCUAUUGUACGAGGCAAUGAAAUAUGAUCAUGCAACUUCUUAAAAGAAUAAAUGUAUUAAACAAA